AAACCCUCCUAUAGCAGUAAACCCUCCUAUAGCAGUAAACCCUCCUAUAGCAGUACACCCUCCUAUAGCAGUACACCCUCCUAUAGUAGUACACCCUCCUAUAGUAGUACACCCUCCUAUAGUAGUACACCCUCCUAUAGUAGUACACCCUCCUAUAGUAGUACACCCUCCUAUAGUAGUACACCCUCCUAUAGUAGUACACCCUCCUAUAGUAGUACACCCUCCUAUAGUAGUACACCUUCCUCCUCCUAUAGCAGUAAACCCUCCUAUAGCAGUAAACCCUCCUAUAGCAGUACACCCUCCUAUAGCAGUACACCCUCCUAUAGUAGUACACCCUCCUAUAGUAGUACACCCUCCUAUAGUAGUACACCCUCCUAUAGUAGUACACCCUCCUAUAGUAGUACACCCUCCUAUAGUAGUACACCCUCCUAUAGUAGUACACCCUCCUAUAGUAUAAACCCUCCUAAGUAUAAACCCUCCUAUAGCAGUAAACCCUCCUAUAGCAGUACACCCUCCUAUAGCAGUACACCCUCCUAUAGCAGUACACCCUCCUAUAGCAGUACACCCUCCUAUAGUAGUACACCCUCC